AUGGAGGUCUGGAAGGAGGCCCUCUACGAGCACUUCCAGAAGGCCGGCGACGAAACCCAGCUCUUCACGCAGUACGACAUCCUCGACUUCGACGUCAUCCCCAACCGCGACACCGUCACCCUCCUCAAGGUCCUCCAGAGCCUCACCAACGACCGCCUCCUCAUCGCCGUCUCCUCCCAGACCGGCCUCGCCUGGCGAUGGCGCUCCGUCGAAGAUGCCGAAAAGUACAAGCUCUGCUCGACCGACGAGCAGCGCAUGGUCUACGGCGCCAUCGACGAGGCCGGCGGCGACGGCAUCUGGUCAAAGUCGAUCCAGAACCGCCUCAACAUGCACGACUCGGUUCUCAAGACGGCCCUCAAGCAGCUCCAGGGCAAAGGGCUCAUCGCCCCCUUCAAGAACGUCGAGCACCCCAACAAGCGCAUGUUCAUCAAGGCCUCCAUGCGCCCCUCGGAGCGCGCCACCGGCGGGCCCUGGUUCACCGACUCGGCCUUCGACGAGGCCUUCAUCGAGGAGCUGCAGCGCGUCAUCUUUGACUACGUCAAGCGCAAGAGCACCUACCUCAGCACUGGCUCCUCCUCCGCAGGGGCCACCCGCACUGCUGUGCCCAAAAAGGGCGUCCUCAAGGGCGGCCUUGACGCCAAGGCCAGCAGGAAGCGCGCCGCCGACGAGAUGUCCGCCGCCGACGAGAGGAGGUCCGUCCCCGCCGUCCAGCCGCCGCCGCCGCGCAAGGUCAACCUGCCCCUACCUGCCGGCUUCAAGGAGUACCCCACCGUGCGCGAGAUCGCCCGCUUCAUCUCCCAGUCGGGCAUCACCUCGGACACCAUCCUCGGCGAGGAGGACAUGCAGAAGCUCAUCGACGUCCUCGUCUUCGACGGUCUCAUCGAGCCCAUCCGUAUUGCCGGCCGCCUCGGCUACCGCGUAACCCGCGCCCCCCGCCAGAGCACCACCAACUGGGCCGCCAGGCAGGACGGCGGACCCGAGGAGGGCGGCCCCGAGCCCUUUGUCAACGGCUACACCGAGGCCCCCUGCGGCCGGUGUCCCGUCUUCGACCUCUGCGAGGAGGGCGGCCCGGUGAGCGCGAGCAAUUGCGUGUAUUUUGAUCGGUGGUUGGGCCUGGAAUGA